AUGAGGGGGGGACUGUGGCAGCUGGGGCAGUCGCUGACGCGCCGGCUGGGGCGGCCGGGGGGAGGGAGGCGGUGCUUCGCGGCGGAGGCGGAGGCGGCGCCGGAGCUGAAGAGGACGGUGCUGUACGAUUUUCACGUGGAGAAUGGCGGCAAGAUGGUCCCCUUCGCCGGAUGGAGCAUGCCGAUCCAGUACAAGGACUCGAUCAUGGAUUCCACCCUCAACUGCCGCGCCAACGGCAGCCUCUUCGACGUCUCCCACAUGUGCGGGCUCAGCCUCAAGGGGAAGGACUCCGUCCGCUUCCUGGAGAAGCUCGUCAUCGCCGAUGUGGAGGGGCUGCGACCGGGAACUGGGACUCUCACUGUGUUCACCAACGAGCGGGGGGGCGCCAUCGAUGAUUCCGUCAUCACCAAGGUGACCGACGACCACAUCUACCUCGUCGUCAACGCCGGAUGCCGCGAUAAGGACCUCGCGCACAUCGGCGAACACAUGGAGGCCUUCCGUGCGAAGGGAGGCGACGUCUCGUGGCACAUCCACGAUGAGCGCUCGCUUCUCGCUCUUCAGGUUUUCAUUCUCUUCGUUCUGGAAUCUGCUGCUUUGUCUGGAUUUGGAAUGCUAAUGUCUUUUGGUGGAUCUUCUCAUUUACCUUAUCCACUACCUGAAUUAUCCUGCUUGACAUGAUUCCUUUUUUCAAAAUUACUUCGAAUUUUGGUCGACGUGUGUUGAACAAUCAAUCAAUAUGCAUUGAUUUCUUCCGCUAUUUUUUUCGGUCCUUCUAAAUUUUAAUGCUAGAUGAGAAUAUCGCUCCGAUAAAAAAAUCAGUGAUGAUGCAAUGUCGUACGUUCGAGUACUGAAAUUCUUCAAUGUUUCUCUGAUGUGACUGCUCACCAUGACGACAGAUUAGUAAAUUCAGGAAGUGAACUAUCUCUAUUUGUUUCGUAAAUCGACUUAGUCACAUGAUUUGCCUGGAGAUAGACAGUAAAAUCGACUUAGUCACCAUGACGACAUAAAACACAAUUUUCCCUACCAGCCUUCUCGUUCUACUCGCAACUCUUUUUAUCACUCUCCUCGGUCAAUUUUCGUUCAAUGGUUUCCCCAUUAUCCUUCUCACAAUGCUAGUGUUGUAUAGGAAGUGCCUCCUGUUUGUCUUAUACAUGUUGUGCCUUCAUUCAUUUUCAUUACAACAGCCUUUUUUUCCUUUUUUUGCACGUGAAUCUAUAUAUAUGUAGCGUUUACCUUUUCUGUUACUCCCAUUUCACCAUUUGAGAUCCGUGAAGCCUGAACCAUCAUGUAGGGCCCUCUUUCUGCGCCAGUUCUCCAGUUCUUGACCAAAGAUGAUUUGAGCAAACUCUACUUCGGAGAGUUUCGGACAUUGGACAUCAACGGAGUUCAUUGUUUCCUCACUAGGACUGGGUAUGUUGCUUCUCUUUUGUUGAAACUUUCAUCUUUACGCCAUUUAUUAAUCAGUAUAUGCAGUGGAUUAUUGCUACGCCUUUUUCAGUUCUGGGGUCCUCUAGGCUGGCAGAUAAAGUAUCUAAACAGAGGGUGGGCAGUAUUGACUGGUUUUGACUUUCACUGAACCGUAUAGCAAUUGAAUUGGUUGCCUUCAGUUUCAUGGGAUACCUGGUUAGCUGCUGAGGGAAGUGUGGGUAGUAGUAAUUAAAGAACCAGUGUUGGCUGUCGGUAGUUAUAAUGCAUCUCCUAUCUGUCAGUUUUUCGCGGCAGCAGAGCUUUGUCAAAUUUAACUUUUCUCUAAUCGAUUGCCAUGCUGUACUCGUCACUGUCUUACGAAGUUUAGUGAAAACUAAAAUACUGCAACAUCUGACAUAAGCCUGUUUAUUUGAGUGUUCUUCCUUCCAUUCACCUGUAGACUUUUUUUUUUUCAUCAACAAUGCAUUUUGUUCCUCUAGUACGAUCUUCUACAUCAGACCAGCCAUUCUUGUAAUAAAUUUCCUCAAAUCAACUUCUGGUAACUAUGAUAGUAAUGCGUUUGAAUGCUGCGAAUAUAUACUGCUGCAAGUAAUUUUCUCAUUUUAGAAGCCAUUCUCCUAAUACAUUAUGAUCCGCUUCGCUGUAAAAAUAUUAUUCAUCAUAAUUUUUAGGCUAGAAAGAAAUUCCAGUAAAUGAUUCCCCACCGUGUAAGGAACAACUGGUGCGAACUGUCACCAACUUGAUUUCUCAUGCCUUCGAGUUAUUCAUACGUCUGCAUUCAUAACCCAUUUUCUUAACAGAAAGGAUUCCUCGCAAGGCUUUCUAGUCAUCUACCCAGAUGAUCAAAAUAGAUACAGGAAACGAAUUAUCAUUUACUAUUUCGUCAUGACCUUAAUCCUUGCCAAAUAUGGGAGAGUCAGCAGCAGGGUGCCUACUUACAAGUUGGAGCUUCUGAGAAGCUAGGGAGAAGAUCCAACACAUUGUGAAAGAUACUAUUACGCUAAGAUUUGAUAUUAAAGUUCUCAUACUUACUCUGUGAGUGCCCCGAUUUUCGUCACAUGAACAUUAGUAGUAAUUCUCUGCAUAAAUGAAACAUUAUCAGGAUGAUUUAUACAUUGAUGAAAUGCCUGAUCUUAUGAUGGGAGAAAUUAGAGAUUUUAGUUAUAAAAGGACGUGUAAAGUUUGUAGAUCUUAUGAGGCCUUGUGAUGGUUCAGGAGCUGAAUGUAUAUUAACUAGUGUUAUCAUUUAAUUCGUUGAUCAAUCAAGUUUCCAUAAAAUAAAUUACAUCUUUUUUUAUGCACACAUGAUCGUCCCAAAAUUUUAUUUUGUUUUUCUGCCACAGUAAUCAGUGAGAUCCUCACUCACUGUUAGAUCCAAAUUUCUUGUAAUUCAAAUGAAUGGUUUCCUUGCUUCAGACGGGGACCACAAGCUGAUCAGCCUUUACCUUUUUCUUUCCUACUUUUAGAAAUAUUUGUCUUCUCCUCUUGAUCGUUAAACCAUCAUGAGGCAUAUAUUUAUAAUUUCAUAUGGGUGUGAUUUGGUCAAGUCGUAUAUAUUUGCACCCGGGAAGAUCAGAGUCUACUACCUUUUCUUUCAUUAGACUUCUCCUGGGAUCUUCAUGCACAAGUGGAGUAUUUUUAUUGACCUUAACUUAUAUCUGUUCCCCUUGAGAUAGAAGAUCCUAUUUUUUUCCUAGUAAUCUAAUUCAGUCAAAUGCUCUGCAUCCGGAUUUUCUAGUUAAAUUUCUUCUUCUGAGAUCAUCAGCUACACUGGCGACAAAAUAAAAUAAAAUCGAUUAUUCUUUUCUUUUUCUAAUGAUCUCCAUUCCUCUGUUUUCUUAGUAAAUCAUGAUUCCCCCGCCUGAUCAGAAAUAUAAGUCAAUCAAAUGAUCUGCCAGAUGAUCAUUCAUACACUUUUUUUUUUAAUUUCUAGUAAUCUUCGUCGUUCUUCAUUCCCCUUCUGCUCAUUCAUACACAUCUAUACAUAAUUAAUAAAUUUGCAUGUGAUAUGAAUGGGAUCCGGGAAGGUCGGAGUCCACAUUCUUGCUCUAAAUUAAAUCAAGAAGAUUUAUUCAAUGGUAAGAUUGCCUCAUUGUUUUAUAUUUCUAGUAAUGCUCAUACUAUAUAUAAUAGAUAAACCAGCAUGGUUUCAUUUCUUCGAUGUUGUGAAGAACGAGAUUGGUGGUGGUGGUGGUGGCGCUACAGGUACACGGGGGAAGAUGGGUUCGAGAUCUCGGUCCCCUCGGAGCACGCGGUGGAGCUGGCCAAGGCCAUCCUUGACCGCUCGGAGGGCAAGAUCCGCCUCACGGGCCUCGGCGCCCGCGACAGCCUCCGCCUCGAGGCCGGCCUCUGCCUCUACGGCAGCGACAUGGAGCAGCACGUCACGCCCGUCGAGGCCGGCCUCUCCUGGGCCAUCGGCAAGCGCCGCCGUGCCGAGGGCGGCUUCCUCGGCGCCGAGGUGAUCCUCCGCCAGCUCGCCGACGGCCCUACUGUGCGCCGCGUGGGGCUCUUCUCCGCGGGACCGCCGCCGCGCGGGCACAGCCAGAUCACCACCGCUGCCGGCGAGCCCAUCGGGGAGGUGACCAGCGGGGGGUUCAGCCCCUGCUUGAAGAAGAACAUCGCCAUGGGAUAUGUCAAGUCCGGGCUCCACAAGCCGGGCACGGAGCUGAAGGUGGUCAUCAGGGGGAAGGCCAACGAUGGUGUCAUCACCAAGAUGCCCUUCGUCCCCACCAAGUACUACAAGCCCACCUGA